CGCCGACGGGGGUAAAUAAACCCAACACACAAAAUCGGUACCCACCAGUUUCUUGUUCUUCUGACAAUGCCUUCCCAAAAGCUUACAUCAAGAUCCCGCUCCCGCUCAAAAUCUCGAAGCAAAUCCCCGAAAAAUAAGUCUAGGAAAGGCAGCAGGUCUCAUUCAAAAAAAAGAUCAAGAUCUGCUUCCAGGAAACGCAACAAGUCUAGAAAAAGUUCUGCUUCCAUAAAGCACAGUCAAUCCAGAAAGAGGACUGCUUCAAAAAAGCGCAGAAAGUCGAGAAAAAAGCGAAGCGCAUACAGGAAGAGGUCUGCUUCCAAAAAGCGUAGCAAAUCUAAGAAGCACAACAGGUCUAAGAAGCGUAGCAAAUCCAGGAAGAGGUCCGCUUCCAAAAAGCGUAGCAAAUCUAAGAAGCGCAACAGGUCUAAGAAGCGUAGCAAGUCCAGGAAGAGGUCCGCUUCCAAAAAGCGUAGCAAAUCUAAGAAGCGCAACAGGUCUAAGAAGCUUAGCAAGUCCAGGAAGAGGUCCGCUUCCAAAAAGCGUAGCAAAUCUAAGAAGCGCAACAGGUCUAAGAAGCGUAGCAAGUCCAGGAAGAGGUCCGCUUCCAAAAAGCGUAGCAAAUCUAAAAAGCGCAACAGGUCUAAGAAGCGUAGCAAGUCCAGGAAGAGGUCCGCUUCCAAAACGCGUAGCGCAUCUAAGAAGCGCAACAGGUCUAAGAAGCGUAGCAAGUCCAGGAAGAGGUCCGCUUCCAAAACGCGUAGCACAUCUAAGGAGCGCAACAGGUCUAAGAAGCGUAGUAAGUACAGGCGGAGGUCUGCUUACACAAAGCGCAGUAAGUCCCAAAAAAUGCAAGCUUUCAGAAAGUCUAUGAGUAUGUACACAAAAAGUAAAGGCAAUACCAUGAUAGGUAUGGUCACGUCUGCCAUUACCGCUAACAGGACCAAAGGUGCAUCUGCCCAAGCCAUCAGAAAGUAUGUUUGUACACACUCUAGUCUAAAAGGAGCCUUGCUGAACUUUAUGGUGAAAAAGACGCUUACAGCUGGCGUCAGAUCCCAUUUCCUUUCCCAUCCAAAGGGUUCUACUGCAUACAAACUUACAGCUAAGAGGGGCAAGAAAUGGCGUAGGGAGGCAUUGAAGAGGGCAAAUGCUAGACGGCAUAGAAACAGGUCUGCAUCAAAAAAGCGCAAGACUGCCAAGAAGUCCAAGAAGGCAAAAAAGUCAAAGAAGACCAAAAAAGCUAAAAGGUCCCGCAAAAGUCGUGCACCAAAGCGGAGAGUUGCCCGCAAAGUUGCUCGUAGGACGUCGAGGAGACGCAGAGCAAUGAGAGCCAAGUAAGCUACACAGCCGUAGCUUAACAACCCCGGCCCUUUUUAGGGCCACCAAAUACCUCGAAAUGAAGGUACCGUCACAUAUUGUCUAUAUC